AUGCGUUUUGGCAAGACGCUGAAAAACUCCAUUUACCCCCCUUGGAGCGGGAAGUACAUCGACUAUCACAAAUUGAAGGUUCUCUUGAAAGAACAUGAUGUCACCGAAGACGCAAGUGACUCAGAAGAGUCUCCCUGGACAGAACAGGACGAGGAAGCCUUCGUCCAGGAACUGAUCAAUGUGCAGCUUGACAAGGUCAAUGCUUUCCAGGUUGAGACAUCUCAGCAGCUGAAAGAGCGUACGUCUGCUUGUGAGAGCAAGUUACUGCCAUUGGCACCCAAUGCGGAUCAGGAGACGGCCACCGUGGACGAGAAGGAGAGGAAGUCUGUCGCUUCUGAAGUUCUUCAGGAAUUGGACCAGAUUGCCAAAGAAGUUAGCGAGCUCCAGAAGUACAGUCGCAUCAAUUUCACCGGUUUCCUCAAAGCUGCCAAGAAGCAUGACCGCAAGCGCGGUGCACGAUACCGCGUACGGCCACUGCUGCAAGUACGUCUAUCGCAGCUCCCUUUCAACAGCGAGGACUAUUCGCCUCUGGUUCAUCGGAUAUCAGUGAUGUAUUCCUUCGUGCGCCAGAUCCUGAGUGAGGGUGCAGUCGAAGCUAAAGAUGCCGGCGAGCCCCGUUUUGGCCAGGAUGCGUACUCAUCGUACAAAUUCUGGGUCCAUGAGGACAACAUCCUGGAAGUCAAGACUUACAUUCUUCGCCGAUUGCCUGUGCUCAUUUACAACCCCAAGUCGUCAAGAGACUUUGAGUCGCUUCCUGAGGACCCCACAAUUACAUCUUUGUACUUCGACAACCCCCAGUUCGACCUCUACAAUCAGAAAGUAGCCAAAGCCCCCGAAGCCGGGUCUCUCAGGCUUCGGUGGACCGGGAAUCUCAAGGAUACGCCCGCCAUUUUCCUGGAAAAGAAGAUUGUGACCAGUGAUGACUAUAGCAAAGAGGUGAAAGUGCAGCUUAAGGAGAAGCAUGUGCAGGAAUUCCUUGAGGGCAAAUAUACGUUCGAGAAGCAGCUGCAUCGAAUGGAAGGUUUGAAUAACGGCGAAUCAGCGGAGGCGGAGUCGCUCAAAAAGGAUGUUGAGGAGCUGCAGUCAUUCAUCAAGGAGAACAACCUACAGCCCAUGCUUCGGGCCAAUUACACCCGCACUGCUUUCCAAAUUCCUGGUGACGAUCGCAUUCGAAUUUCCCUCGACACCAACCUUGCGCUCAUUAGGGAAGACGCGCUGGACGAAGAACGUCCGUGUCGUGACCCGACCGAUUGGCACCGGAGGGAUAUCGACGAUAGCGAAAUGCAGUACCCCUUCGACGGCAUCAGAACCGGCGAGGUCAAUCGGUUCCCACACGCUUUGCUGGAGAUUAAACUGCGGGGCAGCGCACAUCAUGUCGAGUGGGUCAACGAGCUCAUGGUCUCCCAUCUUGUCAAGGAGGCGCCGCGCUUCUCGAAAUUCGUCCAUGGUGUCGCUCAGCUAUUUGAAGACCAUGUCAAUAGCUUCCCCUUCUGGUUGAGCGAACUGGAGAAUGACAUCCGACGCGACCCCGAAACAGCGUUUCAAGAAGAACAAGAACGCCUUGCAAAGCGUGCCGAGGAUGAUAUGGUCGUCGGAAGCUUCCUGGUCAACCGGCCAAGUCCUACCGUGCGCCCACUGGUUGGGUCCCCGGUUACCAUGUUCUCGGACCUGGGCUCCCCAGCGCGGACAAGACAGCCCUCGCAACCUGUACCACGGCCGAGCAGGCCUACCAUACGGGAAGGAGAAGGCCGCACAUUGCCCGAGGUGAGUGCUCCGGGAGAAACGCAGCCGAUAACGUCGUCCCGCUUGGCCGCACUCUUCCCCUCUUUCCCCAUCUCGCGAUCCAGCCGCACGCAUCGACAGUCGGUUGUUCUGCCGCCUGGCGUGAGUGAACCCGUCACCUGGAUCAAGGAUUCGGGCCCUGUCCGUGUGGAGAGCAAGGUAUAUCUUGCCAACCAACGAACCUUUAUCAAGUGGCUGCACGUCAGUAUCCUGCUUUCUUCUCUGUCUCUCGGUUUGUACAACGCUGCGGGCAAGCACAACGAUAUUGCUCGCGCCUUGUCCAUUGUCUACACUUUUUUCGCCUUGUUCGCCGCCGCUUGGGGAUGGUACAUGUAUGAAAAGCGGUCCCGGCUCAUCCGGCAGCGGAGCGGACGUGAUCUGGACAACACAUUUGGUCCUAUUGUGGUGUGUAUUGGUCUGGCGAUUGCCUUGGUGCUGAAUUUCGCCUUCAAGUACUCGGCUACUAUGAAGAGGAUCAGGGAGCAGCAGCCCGGCAUUGACACGCCCCCUAUGUUCAACGUUUCAUUUACUCCAGUGGAACAUCCAGACACCUGGCGCUUGGUCAACCAGGGUGGACAAGGAAUGUAA